UAUUCCUGUUUACGCUUCCAAAGGAUCAUGAGUUGCAACACAGGAAGCCCGGGCGUCAAACUCCAAUAUUUAUAAAACGAACCAAGGAUCCACUACGGGCCUUAUCUCCACCUUAUCUCGACACUUCAGUAUGAGCAGAUACGCAGGAAUUAUUCAUCACUCUCCGGACGAAGGCCUUUUGCAUUUGCCGCUUCAAGAGGUCGAUGUGAAAGUAUGGAUGGUCGAUAUCUCUGCGAGGGUUGUGCUCUCGCAAGUGUUUGAGAACGUAUCAGAUAGCCCUACCAGCCGGGCCAAAUAUGUAUUCCCUCUUCCAGCGAGCGCUGCCGCUUGUGCUUUUGAGCUCGAGCAUGCCGAUGGCCGUGUUAUUGUCGGUGUCGCCAAGGAAAAGUCAGAAGCCGCACAAGCUUUCCAGAGUGCAAUGGAUGCUGGAAGGACCGCAGGACUUGUAGAAUGGGUGACAGACGACAUAUUCACGAUCUCAAUUGGCUCAAUUCCCGCUCGACAGAAGGUCACGGCAAGAUUGACAUUUGUAAUGGAUCUUUUGGAUGAGGGCAGACGGGACCAAGUCCGUCUACAGCUUCCGAUGACUAUUGCCGAACGAUACGGCGAGACCCCAGCAGCUAUGCUCGAUGCGUCUACAACUAAUGAAAACACGUUCAUCAAAAUCGCCGUGGACAUCAUAACCAGUGAAAAGAUACAGGAGAUACGCAGUCCUACUCACCCGACGAUUGCUCGCAAACAUUACAAGUCGCGCACCGGAAAAAAGUCCGAACGACGGAUGUAUGUAACUUGGUCGUCCACGACGUUCCUCGACAAAGACUUCGUAUUGACAGUCCAUGCUCUUGGACUCGAUAAGCCUCGGUGUUUCGCUGAAGUCGAUCCCCAGGGUCGUAAUACCAUUGCUAUGCAGCUCUCCUUUGUACCGAAGUUCAAAAUUCCUCCCCUGGAUUCGCAAGAGUACAUCUUCGUGAUCGAUCGGAGCGGAAGCAUGAGUGGAGCCCCGAUGGAAACAGCUAAGCGCACGCUGGAAAUGCUCCUUCACCUUUUGCCAGGUUCACAGACGACUUUCAAUAUUUUCAGCUUUGGAAGUACAGUGGACGGUCUGUGGAGGAAAAGCGUAUCGUUUAAUGAGGCGGGAAUGCGUAGUGCGAUUUCGAGUGUACAAGGCAUGGAAGCAAAUUACGGAGGGACAGAAAUUGCGGAGGCCCUUAAGUUUGCUAUCGCGUCACGUAACUGCGCCCGCCCGACUGCUAUGUUUGUUCUCACUGAUGGCGAUAUACAUGCUUCCGCAAGUCUUGACCCAUUCACGGUUGUCUCUAGAGCUGUGAAAGGCUGCAAGGCCAAUGCACAACUGAGGGUAUUUACUCUUGGGAUCGGUGAACAAGUCUCAUCUGAUUUGUGUGAGCGCCUUGCUCGUGAGGGCGGAGGCAAAUGUCUGUUUGCUGUCCAAGCCGAGGACAUCACAGGGAAAUGUGCAAUGCUUCUCAACGCUGGUCGGACACGUGAGAUCGAGAGUGUCACAGUUGAUUGGCAUGGUUCGGGGAGCCCGCCAGCUGUCAAUUUUUCACCCUUGAAUCACCACCAUCCGCUUCCGCCCAGCGUUGUGCAGCUAGAACCUCCUCCUUCGAUGCAGCAAGGGCCGCCCACAAUCACAAGUAUAUUCCCUGGAAUGCGCCUCAACGUCUUUGCGAUCACUACUUUCAGUUCGGUUCCUCGCGAAGUCAGGUUGCUUGCGAAAAUCAAAGAAUCAGGAGAGGUUCUCGACGCUCUCGUGCCUGUCACGGAGGUGAAACCAUUCAAGGACGAGUGGUCGCUCAUUCCGCUCCUCCAUACCUUAGCUGCACGACAACUCGUGAAGGACUUGGUAGAGCUUAGGGCUCCCCUUCCCAAACCCAUCGCACCUGCUUCGGAUGAGGACAUUCGAAAAGCAGCGAUCGUUCGCUUAGGGCUUGAUUACCAGCUUGUUAGCAAGUACACAUCCUUUUUUGCUGAAGAGUCCGGAAAAGAGACAACAAGGAGGCUGCGCCGGUCAAUGUCAUGGGCAAAGUCUCGGCGGCAGCAUAGCCACACUGGUGCUCCUGCUGAUCCUGUUGAUGAGGAUACUUCAAGAACAGAUGUGUCCACUGUGCAGACCGUUUUGGACAGCUUGUCUCAAGCGGUUUAUUCGGUGUUCAACUUCUUCUUUUCUGAUCCUCCCCCCGCACCUCGAAGACGUCAGACGCAGCUUCCCGGCGCGUAUUAUUCUGCUGCACAAUCCCGCUCGGGCUCGCCAUCCAUUCGGAGUGAAUAUUCAUAUCGACAUGACAACUCAAGCACGGACACUUUCUCUACAUUAAGCUCAUUAGAAGGUUCUUACGCGAGUUCUCGAUGGUCCUACUCUCGGCCGUCCAGUCCUGCACCUCCCCCAGAAGACCCAAUCCAGCGUGUACCAUCGCCAGUCUUGAAUGUCACGCCACAGGUACAUCAUGCAGCACCUCCACGUAUUGCAGCACCCGUGCCAAAGGAAGCGUACGCCAUCAUCUCGCUACAGAACUUCGACGGUUCUUUCACGCCGUCGCCUCAAUUGGGGGCGCUUGUGGGCAUUGAUACAUUGGCCAAAGCAACAGAACUGCAGGUCGAUGCGAAUGUAUGGGCGACUGCAGUUGUUGUUGCGUACCUGAAGCAUCAUCUGGGUGCGCAACAGGAUUUGUUGGAUGCGUUGAUGAACAAAGCUCUGGAGUAUAUUGAUGGAAGGCCUGCGAGUUUAUUCGUCGGACGUGAUUUUUGGGACUUGGUGAGACUUGCGGGGGAGUCGGUGGGUUCGUGAUGAGUUUAUUUCCUGAUUCCUACCAUAAGUGGGGGAGCUAUGAUCUGUAUCGUGGUACGUACCUUGAAUGGGUAUUAUUCUUUACUAUCCAGUUACUCGAUUGAUUCUGUUCCUAUUUGUGCUAAGAUAUGUCCUAUGAUAUGUACUGCGGGAAAUUUGAGUUGUUUGAUUUAUAUGAAUGAACGUCUGCAGAUAUAGGCUCCCAUGGGGAGUUCAUGACAAUGUAGUGCGUCCGACUACCAAGUGAUGAAAGCGCCUUGCAAGUUCACUUUCUCGAAG